GGCUAUAAAGCUGCCCCGCAUCGGUCUGCGGCUCCUUCCCGCCCGGCCUAGCUGUGCCAAGCGCCGAAUGCCAUCCUCCGCCACCAUGAGCCAUCACUCGUCGGGGCUCCGGUCCAGCAUCAGCUCCACCUCGUACCGCCGGACCUUCGGGCCGCCGCCCUCCCUGUCCCCCGGGGCUUACUCCUACUCAUCCAGCUCUCGCUUCUCCAGCAGCCGCCUGCUGGGCUCGGCCUCCCCGAGCUCCUCGGCGCGCCUGGGCAGCUUCCGUGCCCCUCGGGCGGGGGCCCUGCGCUUGCCCUCGGAGCGCCUCGACUUCUCCAUGGCCGAGGCCCUCAACCAGGAGUUCCUGGCCACGCGGAGCAACGAGAAGCAGGAGCUCCAGGAGCUCAACGACCGCUUCGCCAACUUCAUCGAGAAGGUGCGCUUCCUGGAGCAGCAGAACGCAGCCCUGCGCGGCGAGCUGAGCCAAGCCCGGGGCCAGGAGCCGGCGCGCGCCGACCAGCUGUGCCAGCAGGAGCUGCGGGAGCUGCGGCGCGAACUGGAGCUGCUGGGCCGGGAGCGCGACCGGGUGCAGGUGGAGCGCGACGCGCUGGCGGAGGACCUGGCGGCGCUCAAGCAGAGGUUAGAAGAAGAAUCUCGUAAGCGGGAGGACGCGGAGCACAACCUGGUGCUCUUCCGUAAGGAUGUGGACGACGCCACCCUGUCCCGCCUAGAACUAGAGCGCAAGAUUGAGUCUCUGAUGGAUGAAAUUGAGUUCCUCAAGAAGCUACACGAAGAGGAGCUUCGGGACCUGCAGGUGAGCAUGGAGAGCCAGCAGGUGCAGCAGGUGGAGGUGGAGGCGACAGUGAAGCCAGAGCUGACGGCUGCGCUGAGGGACAUCCGUAUGCAGUAUGAGAACAUCGCGGCGAAGAACCUGCAGGAGGCAGAGGAGUGGUAUAAAUCCAAAUACGCUGACCUGUCCGACGCCGCCAACCGCAACCACGAGGCCCUACGCCAAGCCAAGCAGGAGAUGAACGAGUCCCGACGUCAGAUCCAGAGCCUGACGUGCGAGGUGGACGGGCUGCGAGGCACGAACGAGGCGCUGCUCAGACAGCUGCGGGAGCUGGAGGAGCAGUUCGCCCUGGAGGCUGGAGGGUACCAAGCAGGCGCUGCGCGGCUGGAGGAAGAGCUUCGACAGCUGAAGGAAGAGAUGGCCCGGCACCUGCGAGAGUACCAGGAGCUCCUCAAUGUCAAGAUGGCCCUGGAUAUCGAGAUCGCCACCUACAGGAAGCUGCUGGAAGGAGAGGAGAGCCGGAUCUCAGUGCCGGUGCAUUCCUUUGCCUCCCUAAGUUUAAAGACGACCGUGCCUGAGGUGGAAGCUCCCCAGGACAGCCACAGCCGGAAGAUGGUUCUGAUCAGGACUAUUGAGACCCGGGAUGGGGAGCAGGUGGUGACGGAAUCCCAGAAGGAACAGCACAGUGAACUGGACAAGUCUUCUAUCCACAGCUACUGAGCCCUCAUCGGAGCUCGGACCCUGACCCAAGCCUACUCUAUAGCUCCAGCCCUAACUCUAGUGCUCAUCCAGCCCCUGUCUGCAUGCGGCAUGAUCCCCUCCCAGCCAAGCUGCAGCCUGACAGCGUGGCUGGGCCUCUCCCUGCCCUGACACAUAGAUGUGACCCAUAGUUUUCCUGCCCUUGUAAGAGGCAGAUGAAGAAACCAGGACAGCAGAUCUGUUCAAGGAUGGUCCCAUGGCCAGUGGAGUGGGCCAGUGAGUCUCACUCUGAAUCAAAUAAAACUGCUACUGAGAGACACUCCU